GCGCGCAUGAAAACGGCUCUUGGAGAGUCAUUCCCAUCACUCUCCGCCGGCCAGUCAGACCGCAGACACAUCACAGGGUAAGUGAAUGUUGCACAACAGAGGAUGACCCUAAUAAGAGAAGCGUAAGGACUGAUAAGGAGGAAAAAAGAAAAAAAAAAACACCUGAGGACCGUCGCAACAGGGGAGCGUGACUGACUUCCCAUGGAGGAGCGCGCAGAGACGGCGAGCUCCUUUUCCGUCACUUGGUACCAAGAUACAAGUUGGAUGUACGCCGAGGAGAUGUGGAUUUUUGCGGGACUGAGUGAUUUUAUUAAUGCAAAUUGAUUUGGGUUUCAAUUAUUUUCAAGCUGACCCAAGACGGUGCAGCCGGUCCAGAACUGCCCACAUCCACGGAGAGGAGCGCGCGCUGUCUGAAGAUUUAGAAAAUAAGAAAAUAAACUGCGCUCCUGUUUACAGAGACGUCAACCCAGGGAUUGCACUGCCAGAGAGACUUUAGGUGGGUGGCCAAAAAUAACUCUUGAAUGUUUUUGAAAGCUGAGCGGUCGUUUUGCUGUGUCCACACAAAUGGGCACGCGAACUAAACCAAAAAUUAAAAAAAACGACCUCGCAUCUGGAUUACAGCGACAUGUCAGCAUAAACAAAGCUGUGGUAUUGAUGUGCUUUCCUACAUGUGAUGAAUUAGACAUUUAAUAUCCCUCUGAUAUCUAAAUGGACUGUCGAGACUCUGAAUUCUGUUUUCAGCCUAAAUUUUUUUGACUUGUCACUAAGGUGGAAAUGUUGUUAAGAGACUGAACUAACAGGAAGCUGCAUUCAAAGAAAUUAAGAAAAAAAUAAAACACCUUGUAGCUGGGGUGGAUCAGCUCUGGUGCAGGCACCAAUAUAAUCACAUGGACACGCCUAGAGGAUCAUUAAACAAAUCAGAUAAACGCAGCGCGAAAACCAUCAAUACAAGUUAUUGAUGAGGUGGUAUAUAAGGCUAAUGAUUGGCCAAGCCUCUGUUUACUCAACAGCUCGGCAACAAUAUGGUGUGAAACUUUCGCUUGACAGCUGAGGCAACCACAGAGAGGAGAAAAAGGACCAAGGACUUUACUUUCAAUAUAAUUUUACUGCUGCUUUUUUAUGACUACAGUGCUGAUUGGUAAACAAACUGCAAACAACAGCUGGAAUACUCCUCCUCCUCUUCACACUAGAAUGUCUGCUGCCCAUGCUGCUGUUGCAGGAAUUUAUGAACCAGGCUUUUUGGGGGGGCAAAUAUCCGAAGAGAUCUUUUUGAAAUAUUUAUAGCAGUUCUCGUGCAAGGAUGGUGAUUGUGACAAGGCGCCUAUGGAUGACCCAGUCUGUUGGAGAGCUGGUGCCGAGACAGUUGACCUCUCCACCAGCUACGCCGUCCGUCUAAAACUCCUCCCGAGAGAGGCACAGCUGCUGCAGGCUGGGGAUGUGAUGGGGUGACUGUCGACACCCCCCUCACCCACCCCCUAUCUCACUUUAUUAGCAGUGUAAUUUAAACAAUGGAUCAGAAUUUCUCAACAGUUCGAGAUGGAAAGCAGCUGCUAGCAGAGAAAGACUCUUCCAAACGCGUGCUGACAGGAUGCUUCCUCUCCCUCCUCAUCUUCACCACGCUGCUAGGCAACACGCUGGUGUGUGCUGCCGUCACCAAGUUUCGACAUCUGAGGUCGAAGGUCACCAACUUCUUUGUCAUCUCGCUGGCCAUCUCUGACCUUCUGGUAGCUAUCUUGGUAAUGCCAUGGAAGGCGGCGACUGAGAUCGUGGGGUUUUGGCCGUUUGGUGCAUUCUGCAACGUUUGGGUGGCGUUUGACAUCAUGUGCUCCACCGCCUCCAUCUUGAACCUGUGUGUGAUUAGUGUAGACCGUUACUGGGCCAUCUCGAGCCCGUUCCGCUAUGAACGCAAGAUGACCCCGAAAGUGGCAUGUCUGAUGAUCAGUGUGGCGUGGACCCUGUCAGUCCUCAUCUCCUUCAUUCCUGUUCAGCUUAACUGGCACAAAGCUCAGACCACCAGCUACGCAGAGCUAAACGGAUCGUACCCCGGUGAGCUGCCCCCUGACAACUGCGACUCCAGCCUUAACAGGACCUACGCCAUCUCCUCCUCCCUUAUCAGCUUCUACAUCCCCGUGGCUAUUAUGAUCGUCACCUACACCCGGAUCUACCGGAUCGCCCAGAAACAGAUACGGAGAAUAUCUGCCCUGGAGCGGGCGGCAGAGAGUGCCAAAAACCGUCACAGCAGCAUGGGGAAUAGUUCGAGCAUAGAGAGCGAGAGCUCGUUCAAAAUGUCGUUCAAACGAGAAACCAAAGUCUUAAAGACGCUCUCAGUGAUCAUGGGAGUGUUUGUGUGCUGCUGGUUGCCCUUCUUCAUCCUUAACUGCAUGGUUCCGUUCUGUGAGCCGAACUUGCCGGACGGUGCCACGGACUUCCCCUGCAUCAGCUCCACCACCUUCGAUGUGUUCGUGUGGUUUGGCUGGGCAAACUCCUCGCUCAACCCCAUCAUCUAUGCCUUCAACGCCGACUUCCGCAAGGCCUUCUCCAUCCUCCUGGGCUGCCACCGGCUCUGCCCGGGGAGCAAUGCCAUUGAGAUCGUCAGUAUUAAUAACAACAUGGGCGCCCCUACCUCGAACCCCAACUGUCAGUAUCAGCCCAAGAGUCACAUCCCAAAGGAGGGCAACCAUUCAGCCAGCUAUGUGAUGCCCCACAGCAUCCUGUGUCAGGAGGAGGAGUUACACAAGAAGGACGGAUGCGGAGGGGAGAUCGAGGUGGGCAUGGUAAACAACGCCCUGGAGAAACUCUCGCCAGCCAUCUCUGGGAAUUUAGACAGCGAUACUGAGGUCACACUGGAAAAGAUCAAUCCCAUAACACAGAAUGGACAGCAUAAAACCGUGUCAUGUUGAGAAAAGAUGGAGAGGGGUACAUCGAGGCACAUAUGUACACAUAAAGGGACGGAAAGCUUACACAGGAGGACAGCAGAAGCAACGAGAGAGACAGAUAUCUUUAUGAACAUGCCUGACAGGGAGACAGUGAGUGGGAUAUACGGGACCUUAAGACUGUCAAAAAAAAUCUACAUGGAAAAACCUACAGAAUGUUUUAAAGUAAAGGCACUUUAUCCUGGAUAUAACUAUCUGCAAAAUACUCUCAGCAUUUAUUGAUGAAAUUGAAAUUUGAUGAUAAAUGUUGAUAAUGUGAAUAUUAACGCAGAACACUAGCUAUGUGCACAUGUAUACAUUUUUCUAACAUGUUUAAAGAUGUAUACAUCUGCAUGUGUAUACUGUACAGUACUGACACAAUCCCGGAAGGACUUAAACACAGUAUAUACAGUGGAGGAAGAUGUAGUAACUAUUAGCAAAAUGUCUUGUAGGUAUAGGUGCUUUGUAUGUGUUUCAUGGGAGAGAGAGCAAUGUGGGUAAAUCAGUUUUUGGUACAGUAUAAUAAGUUGUUUAUUGCGGUUAUUUCUCUUCAGUACAUUUCUUAAUGCUAAUUCUGUUGCAGAAUCAAAACACCUGUAUUGCAGUGGUGAUUUUUUUGGGUUUAAACUGCUUCAGACACCAAAGUAAGAAUAUUCAGUUUAAAACAGACAGGGACAGGUGAUAGAGUUCAAUACCAUAAGCCAAGUAGCCAUAUAUUUUUAAAGAUUUCAUUCUUACACCCCUUUAGACAUGUUAUCUUGCGGUGAAAAGUCCUCCCUCUACUUUCCUUCCUUUGUAUCCUAUUCUGACCCAUCCUCAGUCAUGCCCAACUGGGACCGAUCACACUGGCUCACCUGAAGUUUCUUCCAUUCCUUAUCCUCACUCCGUCUUUUCAUUAGCUUUGUCUCCCCUCUCUGCUGCUCUUCAGCAAACCCUCUCUAGGGCCCUAUAGUCUCCUCUCCUUUCCAUUUUCCUGCUCCCCUUUCCUCAGUUAGCAAAGUCCCUUCCUCCCUCGCGCUGCCCUUAUUUCUCCAGCGUUGUCAACCUCUUCCCUCCUCUCUCCUCCCCACUGUUCUCUCAGUCAGCACAGUCCUCCUCACCUGCACCAUACCUUCCAUUUAUAUUUUUCUUUUCCUGUCUGCCUCUCCAUCUCCUCUGGCAGCCCUCCAUUUUAAGUCUUUACCCUGCCCACUCAAAGUGGUACUUAUGAUUCUAUUUUUGGCAAAUGCUGUCAGUCCAUGAUUAAAAAAGAAUGUAAAUCUGUAAACUAAAACUCCCGCACUUGGACAGAGGAGGUAGCAGCAGCAGCAGCAGCAGCAGCAGCAUCGGAGUUCAUUCAGCCGUAAUGCAAGUGACACUUUGUGACCUUUUGCAAACUUGCAGAUAUCUGAUUUUGUAAAUUGCUCAUGCUGGGAGCCAUGCUGUGCUGUAGUGGCGAUGCGGAGCAUGCAGUGUGACAGUCGCUCUGUUCGCAGGGGUGGAGUCCAAGACAAACCACCACGAUGUGGAUUACCUUCAAGAUACUGAACACAUUUUUAUUGUCACUCCUCUCUGCCAUGUAUUUUUGCAAAGUAGCAUUUAAAAUAUCUGCAAUUACAUUUUAAGUGAUGCAGUUAGUCAGAAUAAAGUCCAGUACAAAAGGCAGUUUUGGGUGAGUUAGUCCCUGUGAUACAAUGAUUUUUAUAACCACAGAUAAGCUAUAAAACUACAUUUAAAAUAUUUUUGACAGUGCUCAAACAAGCUUUUUAAUUUUUUUUGUAUUUGUGGUUUUUGUGCUUGGCUCCACUCCUCGCACUGAUUGUACUGAUACUUUACAGUUAAUUUCACAUUCAAGGUUGAGUUUGAGUUUAAAGGUCCUGUGUGUAGCAUUCAGAGGCAUUGAUUGGCAGAAAUACUUAAUAUACUUCUUCUUAACUAUGCUAUGAUUAAUUUAUAACUACCUGAUCUACGAAUCGUGUUUUCAUGAGCUUAAAAUGAGCCAUUUAAAUCUACAUACAGAACGAGACCUUUCCAUGGAUGUAAAAAGACAAAUGAACACAGCAUUAGAAAGGUGCCAUGAAAGUCAUGAAAGUUGCUUAGUGGCGCAUGAAGCCAAAAAAAGCUAAUUUCCAUGGCAUGAAAUUACCUGGAUCUGCAGCAUUGUGGGGCCCAUGGAGCAAGCGCACUAGAAACUUAAAAUGGCCGAGUGUGGCAGAGCGGCUAACUUCCAGUUCAGCCCUCUGCUAACUUGAAUAGGGAAAAAACUUAUUUAAUCCUGCAGCUCUUCUAGACUUCUAGAAAUGUUAUCAGACUGAAUGGAUCAAAUCCCAAUCCAGAAAAUUGUAUCCACUGAUUCACAGGGAUCUCUUUCACAUUAUAUGUCUACGGGAAAACGUGUUAUUGGGACCUAUGGUACUGUGUCAAACCCAGAAGUUGUAAUUGCACAUUUGGCCAUGUGAAAUUGGGUCCCAUGCUGGCCACUGUUCCCGGGGGCUUGAUCCUCACCCAUGGAGUCCGCCAUGUUGUUCUACAGUAGCCCAGAAUGGACAAACCAAACAGUGGCUCUAGAAAGGACCAUUCGCAUUCUCCUAAAUGCUGGACACACAGCAGAGGUUUCAGUUCUGCAACCUCACCUCUAGAUGCCACUAAAUCCCACACACGGGACCUUUAAAUUUUAAGUACUGUUUGUGAUAAUGGUAAAUGCUAAAACACAAUGUCACAAUGUCCAUUAUACAGCUACAGCUCCAUGGUUUGCUAACAUUAGCUAACAUUAGCCACCAUAAGCUGCGGGUCUUACCAGGACAAAUAACCAGCCAAACCUCUGUGUGUUUUAUUUAGCAGUUUCAUUGCUUGUGUUUUCAACAUUUCAUAGGCAAGUUUAUUUAUGCAGCACAUAUUGGCAACAAAGCAGAGUGCUUUAGGUAAAACACCGAAAGCAUCAAGACAGAGCAGACGAGACACAUUAUAGAAGGACAUUUAAAUACAAUUGAAGAGCUGCAGAAUAGAACAAAAAAACAAGCUAAUAUAUACAAAGACAGAUGUAAAAUACAAGAAUGAAAGUUACUGUGCAGUGUGAAAAAUGAAUAAGUAUCUAAUUUAAUAAAGUGCAGCAGCAAACAGGAAAGUCUUUAACUUUGACUUAAAAGAAUUCAUAAGUUAUGAUAAUGAAUGCAGAGGGUGGGAAAAGGGCCUAUUCAUUAUCUCCACCUAACAGGCUUCAUAAAGUUAAAAAAUAUAUGUAAUUUACUGUUCUUUUCAAACGUUAAAUUAGAUUUAAUUAUAUAUAUUUUAAAAGUUUGAAUAGAUGCAAAGUCUCUGCGUGGCACACAUAAUUAUCAGACAUAAUUAGCUCUCUUGUCGAAGCCCUGUGCAGCUAGUUUUCUGCUGCGUUCAGCGUUGCUGUGGAAAGAAUGCUCAACAGCAUGCUUUCUGACAUCGUAUGCUGAGCGUCCAGUGUGUGCUGUGUGUGUGUCCAUGAAGGCGUGAAACUGUUGCACAUCAGAGAAAGGAAGAGUUGAUCCAAUAGAAAGCAAUUGGUCUUGAACGAAGCAUUUGAUUUUCCUGCUCUGGAAAAUCCAAUGCUAUCUAGAUGGCAACAAAGGGAGGGGGGGCUUUUAGCUCAAUAUGUGACUUGGCUUGUGACAUAAAAGCAACUGAUUGUCCUCUCUGCCUGCCUGUCCUCGGCUCCUGCUGACUGCUGCUGCACCAUCACUUUAAAACGGACGUUGGCGCGCUGGGAUUUGGAUUAGUCAUCUUUCAUUGUGAAUUGAUAUAAUUUUCCAGAUGAAAUUCUAUUUGAGUGCAACAAUAUACAAUAACAUCCCCCAUUAAGUCCCAUGCCUUUUACAAAUUCUCAACCAUAUCAGCUCAGUGGCCCUGCCUUUUCUCUCUUCAUCAGUUCCUCUUAAUUUACUCCCUAAUUAUUUCCAAACACAAGCCAGCUCAAACAUGCGAUAAAACAUGAACUGCACAUAAUCUGUCAGCAUUGGACAUGGAGGGGAACUGCUUAAGGGAAGAUUUGGUUUCCCCCCCUCUCCACGUCCACGUCCACGUCCACCCCCACCCCCUACCCUCCCUUUUCUCCAUCUCUUUUUCUUUUCCCUUGGCUGCCUCUGUCGACUUGAUGAGCGUUCCCGAUGUUAACACAGAUUGGAUUUAUUAUUAAACAGACAGGGCCUACUGUUUCCCUUCUGUAGUUUGAGUCAAGGCGCUGAAUCAAAGCUCCACCUGGUUAUUAUGAUUAUGAUUAUGAUGAUGAUGAUGAUUAUUAUUAUUAUUAUUAUUAUUAUUGCUGUUGCCAAAAUUGUUAUUUUUGGCUGAAUGUGGCUGUACUGUAGCUUAUGCUGUGAUUUAACCAGUGUUUUAUAAGCUGAAAUUUGAGGGGGUGGGUAGGGGUAUUCUUACUGAUAUAGAGAUUAAUCUGCCAUUUGUCGCGACAUCAUUGGCAUUUACAGGCUUACCAGAUGUUUUUUCGUAUAUGCUGUAUGUACACAUUUAUAGAAACAUACCUCCAGCUGUGAGUUGAAAUGAUCUCUGCUGUAUUUUGGCUCCAUGUAAAAGCCCCCCGAGCCCUCACCUUGUCAACUGGGUGAGUCAUCUCUCCAGAUGCCACUGCUUUGAUUUUGGAGAAGGGUGAUGUCAGGCAACAGUCCCGCAAGCGAGAUGUUUUGUUUGAUCCGGAGCAUUUCCUCCAGGCUGCCCUACAUGUUGCUUUGGGGGAGCUACGGUGACAGUACACGGUCUCUCAAUCAGUGUAGCUACAUGACGUAUGACAGCUUAAGCAAAUCUGACAGUGCAGAAUCUCUCCUCUCCCUCCGAUGGCGGGCCAAGGGACGCAGCAGACGAAGAGCCGAGCAGCACUCCCAGGCCCUGGGAAUGUGGUGAUGAUGCUUUAGCUUAUUCAAACCGUCUAGGAUAAUGAAGGAGUCCCUACCUCGACAUCAAUUCAGUGACACAGCUUCAUGUUCAAAAAUAAAUUGCAGUAUUUAGGGUUGGUGAGUGCAGGGAUAGAGUAUUGUACAAUGAUGUUCAAAAUGUAGACUUUGUGAUGAACACAAGUGCUUUUUAUCUUCAAAAAUCCUUAAUGUGUGUAGCAAACUUACAUGCUGUAUGUUUUCUCCAGUGUGGGAUUAUAAUUUACAGUAAGAUGCAGCAGUCACUGACUAUUUAUAUAUUUAUUUAUUUACAUGUUUCUGGUGUUCAUUCAUGAACGUGAUGUCAAAGAU